AAAAUCAUCACGCCAUUACGGCGCAUGCGCAAGAAUUUAGGUUAUGUGACACUUGACCCAGUGCUCUCACCUUUCGUGUUUUCCAUUAGUGAAAUACCAGUUCGCCAUUUUUGCUAAAUUUUGGAAAUUUUAACAAAACCGUAAAAAUGAACAACGCACGGCAAUCCUUGGCUUUGGGGCGCCUCCUUGUGCGAGAAUUCAGCAAAACAGCCCCCAGGGGCACGGAACAGCCGGGCCCCAGGUUUCACAAGUUGAAGGAGAUCCAGAAGAAAUUUGGGGUUGAAGACAACGUUCCAGUGUACUUGAAAGGGGGCGUCGGCGACAAAAUUCUCUACUCGUUGACUGUAUUGAUCACAGCUGCAGGUCUCGGCAUGUCCAUUGAGUCGUGGUACCGAUUGGCCAAUAAAUAAACAUAACUUGUUCUGUAGUGUACUAUAGUUAAGUAAAUUCCAACAAUAAAAUUUAUUUAAACAAA